CAGUUAACUAAUGCAAAAAAUUCAUUCAAGGGAAAAUGGGGACCGAAGCUUCAUCGAGACUUGUCAGCGUUACUAUUACAAGUAUAUGCCUCAUCUUUACUCUUUCUCAGCUUGGUUCUGAAUUCAAAUAUCAGAGUGUAGCUCAAAAGUUGCCCGAUGAAGAAGCGAGAGCUCUUAAGCGAGUAGUAGAGAAGUUGGCGUUAAACUAUCGAAUAUCCUCUAAAGGGUGCAAUAAGAGCGGUAAGUAUGACAUCAAAUGUGAAUGCAGUUUUCAAAACCACACCAUUUGCCGCGUCACAAAAAUCUUUCACAUUUUGAGUGACAGUACACUGAGGGCUAGCAGUUUGACUGGAUUUAUACCUGAAGAACUAGGCAAUCUCACACAUCUGAGAGAACUGGAUCUCAGUAACAAUCAAUUGACUGGUCCUAUACCCGCUAGCUUGGGAAAUUUAUCUUCGCUUUACAAGCUGAACCUUCAGGAAAAUCAAUUGACCGGGCCCAUUCCGGCGAGUUUGGGAAAUAUGAAAUUUCGAGUAUCAUUCGCCAAGGAUCAUACUUCGCACCGCAGCAUGGUUGUUAGCUUCGAACUAGAUCUUUCAGACAAUCAAUUGGAUGGAUUCAUACCAGCCACUUUAAUGAAUGUGGCUGUCUCUUCUGUGGCAUCUGAUCCAGAUGCCUACCGACUCUUCAAGCUUAAGCAAUACGACAGGGCUAAUGUUGACCCACAGUUCUACCUGGAUCUUUCAAGCAAUCAACUGACUGGGCCUAUUCCAGAGAGCUUAGGGAAUUUGACUUUCAUAAGUUUUAUUGAACUGUAUAACAACUUUCUCAACGGCUCUAUACCAGCAUCUUUGGGUGCACUGACUUAUCUGCAUGUUCUGUCUAUGGAAAACAAUAGAAUCUCCGGCAGUCUCCCACAAACACUAGGAAAUUUGACAAUCCUUAAUUACCUCGGGGUCGCAUCUAACAGUAUUAGUGGGACAGUACCAAAAAGUUUUGCCAGCCUUACGAGUCUGUAUGCAUUUUAUUUAUCUGGUAACUAUUUGUCUGGCCCGUUUCCUGACUUCAUAGCAGCCAACUGGACUUUAAUCGAAGAGAUUUUUCUCAACGGAAACAAUUUCAAGGGGAAGAUACCUGCCGGAAUUUUUAAUUUAUCACAUCUAGAAAUGUUGUCAAUAAGUGAUGUUGAAGCUGACUCUCAUUUCCAGUUCCCACCAUCUAUACACGUGGCGAAAAGUUUUAGUGUAUUGAUACUAAGAAACUGCUCAAUCACUGGUCAAAUUCCUUCUUACAUAGGAAAUAUGUUAUCAUUAACGAACAUAGACUUGAGCUUCAACAGGUUAACGGGUAGAAUCCCAGAUUCUUUGAAAAACUUAAAUGUAACUCACAUGUCUUUUUCAAAAAAUAUGCUUACUGGGAAAAUUCCUGAUUGGAUUCAAAAUGCAGUAUGGAGCAAGAUGGAUUUUUCAUACAAUAAUUUUUCAAAGCUAACCUUUAAACCGUCACCCAAUCUACAACUGAAUUUGUUUUCCUCCUGCUGCAACUCCUCAACUUGUCUGCCAAAUUCGACAGACACAAUCAAGGAGAAGUCUUGUCCCCGAAAACCUAAGUAUCAUUCAUUGUUCAUAAAUUGUGGCGGUGGGGAAACACGUGGUGCUGAUGGAAAUCUUUAUGAUCAAGAUAAUGAUACGUUACUAUAUUACCAGAGUCCAAAAGGAAACUGGGCUCGGAGUAGUGUUGGAAACAGCUACGACUAUGCUUCCGAUGGCAAUUCUAGUAAAUUGUUAAAAAACGUUAGAUGUGGGCUUUCAUCUGAAGCACGUUUAUACGAUACAGCUCGCAUUUCCUUUGUCUCUUUAAAAUAUUACGGGUUCUGUUUACGUAAAGGCAAAUACCGUGUAGCACUUCACUUUGCUGAGAUUGUUGAUGAAGUUACAGAUAUUCUUGAGGAUAUUGAUUUUAGAAGUACAGAUAAACGCACAUUUGAUGUAUAUAUUCAGGGUAAGAGACGACUAAAGGAUUUCAACAUUAUAGACAAUGCAGGAGGUCCGAAUAAAGAAUAUAUACAAACUUUCACGCAUGUUUAUGUAAACGAUAGUACAUUAGAGAUCCACUUCUACUCUCGAUCCGCUGGAGAAGGGACACUUGAUGGACCUCUCAUAUCUGCUAUAACCGUAACUCCAGAGUACAAGCAACAACUAUCUCCUUUGCAAACAGCGCUCAUUACUGUGGCUUCAAUCAUAGUUUUCUUGUUGCUUUUAUUACUUUUUGCCUGGAUGAUGGGGUGGCUGGGGAAUACAGAUCACUUACAAGAAAUAGAUAUAGGUAUAGAAAAGCCUGUCACCCUCAAACAAUUAAAAGAUGCUACUCGGAAUUUUAGCAAGAGGAAUGAGAUUGCUCAAGGGGGUUUUGGGACCGUUUACAAGGCUGAAGUGCAAGGGAAAAUUGUAGCCGUGAAGAAACUUCGCUCUCAUUGCCAGGAAAGGAUCAAUGAGUUCAUAAAUGAAUUUUAUACCUUAAAAGCAAUGAGUCAAGAGAACCUUGUUCAGUUGCUGGACAUUUACAACGCAAAAGGCCUGCAUUUGCUCAUCUAUGAAUAUAUGGAGAACAACUCCCUUGCACAUGCCUUAUUUGACUCAAAGUCCAAAUUGAAACUUGACUGGGAAGUUAGGUUUAACAUUUGCCUGGGAAUAGCUAGGGGAUUGGAGUAUCUACAUGAGCAUCCCAGGAUGAAGAUAGUUCACAGCGACAUUAAAUCCACUAAUAUUCUUCUCGAUGGAAACCUUAAGGCUAAAAUAUCAGACUUUGGAUUGGCAAGACUUUACACCGAAGAUGAUCAAUUCAAGUUCAUCAAAGUAGAAGUGCCACAAGGAUAUAUGGCACCUGAGUAUGUUCGAGGAAUUGUGACAUCUAAAGCCGAUGUCUACAGUUUUGGGGUGGUUAUACUUGAAACUGUUAGUGGAAGGACAAAUGCAGGAUACAGGCGAGAUAGCCAGGAAAGUGAAUUUCUUCUAGACACGGCUUAUGAUUUACAUCGGAAAGGAAGGUUGGUGGACUUGGUUGACAAAACCUUGUCCAACAAGUAUGAUGCAAAACAAGCCAUAAUCAUUUUGAAUUUAGCAGUAAAGUGCACCAAUAUAUCUCCAACUCUGAGGCCUACUAUGUCUGAAGUAGUGAGUGUUCUCGUUGGCGACAAAAAAAUUGAGGAGAUUUGUACUCCUGCUCUUAGUGAUAGUCACCUUGCUCAAGUUGAUUCCUCUGUUUCUAUGGAAGCAACCUCGAGAGCAUCCACAUCAUCCAAUUUGAUCAAAGGGGAAGAGGAAACAGAACACAUUUAUGAGAGUACCCCCUAGAGAUUUCCAAAUGAAACAUAGUGAUCUAGCCAAAUGUUUGUGUCUAUUUUCUUUUCCUUGUUUUUGCACUUGAUGGACUCUACUGCGAUUUGUAUUGAACAUGUUUAAAAUCUUAGAACAAAUUUAUGGGUAUGAAUCAUUAGAGAGUUUAUGUUUUUAAGGCA